GUAUCAGGAAUAGUGGGCAGACGAUCGCAUUCAACUUUAGAAGUCAAAAAUAGUUAUUCACUUCAAGUAUGUAAUACUGUAGCUUUCAAUGAUAAACUUUUCUUCUCAAAAAAUUGCAAAUUAACCCCUUUAUUUCUUGCAAAGACACUCGCACGCACAAUUGCGACGCGUAUAUAUAUGCGUAACCUUGUGGUUCCCUACACAGACAUGACAUGACAUGACACGACAUGACAGCCAAUGGGACAAGCACACACAAACACAGUGUAUUAUAAUACGCGUAUUGCACCCCGACGUUGGUGAAUGUGUGUGUUUGUGUGUGGAAAAGGACACCAGAACAGAUCAGUAUAAUAAGUCCAUUAAUGACCAUUGACUUCGGCUUCUCCUCCAAGUGUUUUUUGUGUUUGAUCGUUGACGUUUGAGAGCCUCGUCUUAAACAGCAACGUCAGUGCGAUGCCAAACCUCUGAUCAGAAAGAGAAUAAAAAUUUGGGCAGAUGUGAGACAUCAGCGGGAAAUCCUCCUGUCUCUUUGGCACAAGCAACAGGUGAAUGGAUUCUUCGAGGGAAGAAGAACCUGGCUCACGUUCCGCCCCCUCCUUCUAAAGAGGUGCCUCCUCCUGGGAUGAACUCUUAUCUGUAUCGUCUUCUGAGACGGGACUGAUGACGGAUGUCUGUCAAAUGAUGCUGUGAGAGACUCGAUUCGUUCGGGGUUUGGCUUCCUGUGGGGAAGUAAUGCAGACAGCGAGUGCUGGGAAGCGGCAGCAGCUCUUUGAUGGUCGACACUGACGCAAGUUCUCGGGCAUUCCACUGAGGGGUUAGAGAGGUGUAUUUCUGGUGAUAGAAGUUCACUCUCGACGUGGUUCGUAAGUCACGUCAAGCCGUUGGUCCCGUUGCUGAAUAACCAUACUGGUUCCAUGCAACGUAAAAACAGCUUACAAACAAACAGACGCUGACGCAAGAGAAACACCGUCAUCAUGAUACGCAAUACGCCGUACUACGCUGGAUACUGGAGUAUCAGGUGCCGAAUACAGAAUUGAUUUGUCGUGAACAGCGCUACCUUAUUUGUCGCAGCCAGUGGAUUACUGAAGCCGAUCUGGAAACCUAAGAAGAUUAACGAGGCUUAAAAAAUAAAAUAGGUUAAUAAGAUAACUCCAUCGGAUUGUAAUUACCUCAGGACAUUUCAUCAGACAGCCAUAUGGGCAGGUGCUCCGCUCCCGUAUGCGUGUGGAUUACGACUUCGGCACUCUUCUAGUCAAAAGAUUGCCCGGCCUUGACGAUGAUGCGUCUGUUGUUAAAGAUGAACUGACUGGUCGGUGGUAGGUCAGAGGUUAAACAGUCAAAUAGAAGACUUCGGGAGCAACAAAAUUGCAUCGGUGGAGGUCUUUAAUGAACAGGUACGCGUGAGGCUGUCAUGGAAUACUAAAUUGGACCAGAAUUCCAAAACGGGCGAGAAACCACACUUUAAUUAGCAAGAUAGAUUCUUCUUCUUCCUCCCAGCUUUAUCCCUAUUCGGGGUUGGAUAGCAGAUGUGGAUUGUGGCCAAGGAGGUAGAGAGAGAGAAAGAGAGAGAGGGCCCCUCUGCCAAACCUCAAGUCAUGCCAUGCCCUCCCUCCAUCAUCAACAGAGAGAUCUUGCCCUCACUGACCAACUGCCAAAUAUGAGACUCACCUGCCGCCAGUAACGCUGUCAUUGAGAUUCACAGUUCACAGUACACGAAGGGGAUACAGUGUAGAGAUUGGAUAUAUAGGACGUAACAGAUAACGCCCUGAAAUAUGGUCGAGCCUCAGAAGUUCGAGCUCUUUGCGCGUAGCGUCUGAUACGGGAAUUCGCUCUGAUUUGGGGCUCUCUUUCGAGUACUGCUCAGUCCUUCGGUUGUGGUUUUUAUUCCAGGUUUCAGGUUCGCUGAGUAUCGUUAAAAAGGAGAGAGAGAGAAAAAAAAAAUUCAUUUUUUUUGGCUUAAUUUCACAUUCAGUCUGUUUUUGAGGGAAGUAUUAUUUCAUCUGACGAUGAACUGCAGUCGGUUCACGACCAAGUGAGAGUCUGAUAUUGAGAGGGAAAUUGGGCGAUGAGAAGCUUUCAUGUGGUACCAUCGGAAGAAUGGGACGAUCGAUGGUGACAACAAACAUGACGACGACGGCGACGACGAUGACGACGACGAUGAUGAUGAUGAUGAUGAUGGUACAUGAGAAGAGGGAGAAGAAACCUCAAGAGUGCCAGGCAGAGAGUGCCACGGUCGGUCUCGUGGUGCUGCCAGUGUGUGUUUAAGGUGCCCAGUAGAAAUGACACCGUAUACUCUCUUCGGGUGGUGCCCCUGCGCCUGGCUUCUGCCGUGGAUUGACGGGCCUGGGCUGAGACUUCUCUCUCCGUGCGUUCAGUCCCUGUCGCGUUCGUAGGAGGGAUUUGUCGAAAAUGGAUGUGAUUACACAAUGACAGUUACGUCACGGUAACAAACGCUAACAGUGAAGACGAGUUGCUAAAACUAGUGUAAUAAUGCGACUCAUACUGCCUGCAGCGACCGCCGAGAAAUAAGGCGGGCAGGAGGAACGGAAUUGAAAAAGCGAGCUGAUAAAAUGUGUACAAAAGACUAUUCCCAAAAAUGUUCGUGUGAUUCAGCUUUAUCAUCCCCGAGUACCUCUUCAGUGACGCUGUGUUCUCAACAGCCUGACUCACGGAAAACAAAUGCGCUUAUUGCAACGGGGCUGGAAGUGUGAACGUAGGCUCUAAGCAUCGCGAAACCUUGUUGGUGAUUUUAGAUAUUAUAAUUUUCGGCCCAAUGCAUAAAUACUGUUUUAUUUAUAUAAGAAAUUUUUAUAGUUAUAUUUUCAGAAAAUGCUGCUUUUCAUAGAUAUAUUUUCGGAAAAUCGCGCUAUUAAUCAAAAAACUGCUGACGUAGCUCCACCUAUAUUUUUCUAUAGAAAAUUCGUAUGACGGUAAAUGACAUGAGUUAUCUUACUUAACUGACGAAGAAAGUACUCGGUACAGAAUUCCCCACCUUUAGAAAGUGUCCCUAGUCACUGGUAACAAACAGAAGAAGAGUAAAUGUGCGAUCUCUGUCGUCGUUCGGUGGUCGGUGUUCUAAGUGUUUCUCCGUGUUUACAAGUGUUGUCCUCAGGUGUUGUGCGGAGUCGUGCUCGUCCUCGUAUUUCCCCAGAGCCCCAGAGGAAGAGGCGACGAUGAUUUCCCCAACCUCCUCUUCCUCCUCCUCCGAGUCAGAAAAGCUAACCGGUAUUGUAGUACCUCUCCACCUCAGUGUUGUGCAUCAAAUCUCUGUGGCCAAAGUUGUAGAGUGAAAAGUAAUAUAUGUCUAAAUAUGUCUACGUAGAAUUAUCGAGCGCAAGUCGAGGCAUCUUACGGUGCGAAACUUUGAUGCUGUUCAUGAGGCGCUCAGCAUAAUUGCUGAGAAAUUUCACGUCAGACCACGAAGAUAAAUUAAUAGCUGAACCUUUGAUCUCAGUGAAACUGUCACGGUUAGGGAAAAGGUUGUGAACACCAUGACUUCAUUUAAAUUCAAGUCGUAAAAAUUCUAUAUUCGCGUACAUAUGUCAUUCCCAGCAUCGGUGAAAUCAAAAUAGUUCUGGAAACGCAGAGUCUCGUGUAAAAGCAGAGAGUUAUUCUGUCUCAAGCCAAGUGUGCUCUGGUACUCUCUUGUCACGAAUUUUCCCAUAGCAAAGAAAGAUGCUUAGUAUUCUAUUCCCUUACAUGUGACUUACUCUAAGAUUAGUAUCUGUGACCUUCAAAGGUUUAGCAGGACCUCUGUAACAUAAAAGAAAAACGAAAAAAAUGUGUGUUGUCAAGUGCUUGGGGCACGCGAGUCUGUGUUCAUUCUCUUUCCCUCAGUGAAAUUAUCCAAACUCUCUGCUUUCAGUGCAAAAUAACUCGGUGAAGGAGAGUUAGAGGAACUCUAAAUUUAAUUUAGAGCUGCCUCUCGACGCCUUUGGUGGAGGCUCGCCGCCCAUGCCUUUGAAUUCAAGCAGGGCGGGCGAGUUGUGAUGGGCGAAGAGGGUGAAACAGUAACGAACGGGACGUGGGUGGACGAGGUCUGGUCAAGGGAGGGCGGCCUCGCCAACCUGAAUGGUGUGGGUGAGGGGGUGAGCAACAGCACGGAAUGGACGAAUCUGACGGUGGGUGUGGUGAAAGGCUUCUGCAUGUCGAUCAUCAUUGUGUGCGCUGUUCUCGGGAACUUGUUGGUGGUGAUCAGUGUGUUUCGCCAUCGCAGGCUAAGAGUUAUCACUAACUAUUUUGUCGUGUCCUUGGCUGUAGCUGACAUUCUGGUCGCCCUGAUGGCCAUGCCCUUCAACGCCAGCGUCGAAAUCACAGGCCGCUGGCUCUUCAGCUACCGUAUGUGUGAUCUGUGGAACUCUUUCGAUGUCUACGCUUCUACGGUGUCCAUAUUACACUUGUGUUGUAUAAGUAUCGACCGUCAUUACGCUAUUGUGAGACCUCUCGAGUACCCGAUGGUGAUGACUGAGGGCCGAGUCGUCAUUAUGUUGUGCCACGUGUGGCUGGCCCCGUUGGUCAUUUCAUUCCUGCCCAUAUUCAUGGGGUGGUACACCACAGCCGACCACCUCGAGGAAAGAGCUCUCAGCCCCGAAGUGUGCGAGUUCAAAGUGAACACCACUUAUGCUGUGGUCUCAUCCUCCAUCUCCUUCUGGAUGCCCUGCAGCGUGAUGGUGUACAUGUAUUAUCGCAUUUACCAGGAGGCAGCGCGCCAGGAGCGGAUGUUGCACAGGCAUUCCCGCCUCUCGAGCGCUUCUCAGGCCUCCCAUGCAGCCAUGGCUGUGUCAAGCAGUUCCAAUGCGACGGCCACAACAACUGUCACUAUUGGCAGCAACGGGGUUGGCUCCGAUCCCACAGCAAAUCACGGCCUAGGCAGCGGAGGCUCAGGUCGCCGCCUGAUGGUCCACAGGCCCUCCAGCGACACCCAAGAAGCCACGCCCACCAAGGAGCGCAACCUGAUCAAGCUGAAGCGCGAACACAAGGCUGCGCGGACGCUGGGCAUCAUCAUGGGGGCAUUCAUCGUGUGCUGGCUGCCCUUUUUCACGUGGUACGUCAGCAUCACGCUGUGUGGGGAAGCCUGCCACUGCCCCGACAUCAUCGUGUCCAUACUCUUCUGGAUUGGAUACUUCAACUCGAUGCUUAAUCCCAUCAUCUACGCCUACUUCAAUCGCGACUUCCGAGAAGCCUUCCGUCGGACUCUGCAGUGCCUGUGUCGCUGCUGGAAGGAAGAGGACCCCUGGAGAAGCCAGAUGGGUCCUCCGUACGACUCGGACCUGUGUUUGCAGCACAACGGCCACACCACAGUCAUUAAAGCAAAGACAAGACGUUUUAGUACCGAGUGUGGCGUUUAAUGAUCGGUGGUGUCUCCCCAUACAAGGGCUGUUCGAGAAGAAGAAAAAGAAGAAGACGACGAUCCCCCCCCCCCCCCCCUCCCCCCGCCCCCUCUUCCCCCGCGUGGAUCCGAACUCGGCUGCAAUAGCUCUCCAGCAACAUUUCCGUCUCUCCCCCUUCUUCCAAAAGAUUGCUCUGAACCUUCAAUGUACACAUCACGAUAGAGUCUAUUUUGGUAGAUGUUUAAUCUUAGGGUCGUACAUUUACCCUCGAAGUGGUACAUACCAAAAGAAAGCUGUAUUAGAUCUCACGAAUACAUAUGUAUAUCUG